AUGGAGCGCGAUUUGCGCAUCAAGGCGUUUAUGGAGGAGUACGCUCGUUUGAUGUCCCUUUUCGACGACAUUAUGACAAUGAAGAACGCGAUGCUUCGUUUAGAGGUCUACAUGGUCAUCAUGGUGUGCCAGAUUGCGUGCGGUGUCAUGGCAGCCGGCGUCUUUCUCCUGUGCCGAAUGUAUCAUUCUCAUAAAACUCGAGGCGAAUACGAGCUGGAGCACCGUUUCGAGCGACCGUGCCAAUCGUGUAACACCCCAUCGCCGUCACCCAUUAAACCAACGGCCGACAUUCCGAAUCUCGUCAAAAAGCCGACCGUU